CAGGCGGAGACACCGGAGGAGGCAGCGGGCAGGAGCGCAGGCAGGCAGGCAGGGAGAGGACACACCGCAUCUGUCGCUUGUGGGGUUUUUUCUUUUUCUAUUUUUUUUUCUUACACCUCGACGACUCCAGGGAUUGGACUCAUUUUUUCCCUAUUUCAUCCCGACUGAAAUCAAUGAAGGAGAGACGCUCGUGUCAGAAGUUAUCUCUGAAAUCCAGCAUGGAUCCCAGUCAGAGUGUGAAGUGUAAGAUCGUGGUGGUGGGGGACAGCCAGUGCGGGAAGACUGCGCUGCUUCACGUGUUCGCCAAGGACUGCUUCCCGGAGAGCUACGUCCCCACAGUGUUUGAAAACUACACGGCCAGUUUUGAAAUCGACACGCAGAGGAUUGAGCUCAGUUUGUGGGACACUUCAGGAUCUCCGUACUACGACAACGUCAGGCCCCUCUCCUAUCCAGACUCCGACGCCGUCCUCAUCUGUUUCGACAUCAGCCGCCCUGAAACACUCGACAGCGUUCUGAAAAAGUGGAAAGGAGAGAUCCAGGAGUUCUGUCCCAACACCAAGAUGCUGCUGGUCGGCUGUAAAUCAGACCUGCGCACUGAUCUGAGCACGCUGGUGGAGCUGUCCAACCACCGACAGACGCCGGUCUCAUACGACCAGGGCUCCAGCAUGGCCAAGCAGAUCUCGGCGCCCUACAUCGAGUGCUCGGCUCAGCAGUCGGAGAACAGCGUCAGAGACAUUUUCCACGUGGCCACGUUGGCCUGCAUCAACAAAAACAACAAAAAUGUGAAGCGCAGCAAGGCCGCCCGCGCCAACAAGAGGAUUUCACACAUGCCCGGUCGGCCCGACCUGGCGGCCGUGGCCUCGGACCUCCGGAAGGACAAAGCCAAAAGUUGCUCAGUCAUGUGACUGAUGGGACUGAGGAGGACAGAGCACAGAGCAAGCAGGACGCUACGGGGCGACGCUCUCUCCUGCAUGCUAAAGACCCCGCAUUUGUCUGGAAACGGGGUUUAUAAGCUUCAAUUCAUGUACAUGUUACUGGAAUACUCUGCACCAAUGCAAACUCAAUGCGUAGUAGCGUCCCGAUCGAUGUGGCCCCCCACCCCCCACCCCACCAGACCAGGAAGCUAUCCGUCAGCGGGCUACCUGCUCGGGGAAGUGACUGCUUCCUCUGGGAGGACAGAGCGGAUGUAGUCAAGGCUUUCCUCACCAACAGGAAAUGAGCAGCAGAAGUGAUGUCAUUGGGAGAUGCUCAUUUGUAACAGAGGGUUUUAAGAACAUGUGAUCUUUUUGAACGAGAGCCAAAGCCAGCGAUGGGGGGGCGGGGGUUUGCUGCCUGGGAGGAAAAGGAGGAGCUGCUGUUGUUUGUGCUGGAUCAAAGACUUUUUGCUGGGAGGGCUUCUUCAACAACUCGUCACUGUGGCUUGGAACUGAUUCACUCUCACCCCUGCUCCUGUUCCUGUUCGUCUGUGUGCAGAGGAGGCUGCGAGACGAGUUUCUUCAGAACCCCGACGCUGUGUGUGUCCCCCCAACGUCUCUGAUAUGUUGUCGGUAUAAUGUGAAGUCAUUGGUGUGUAACUGCGUCAUUGUUUUAUUUUAGCUUCAUCCCGAUGACAUCCGGCUUUGAACAGCUGAUCUUAAUCUAGUCGAUCGUUCUGUCGCCUCAGCAGCUGUAGACACAGAAUGACAGAUUACAGUCGCUAUUUUCCAAACUCAACGGUUCAUGGACUCCAUAAACAAGAAGGCGGAAAAUUAUGUUCAGCCUUUAGGGGUUGACUAACAGGCCUCAAGUCCAAAUGGUGAACAAAUGCUGUCUGUCCCAACAUUUCCUCCCUGAAUAGAAAUGGCACAUUUUAAAACCCUGUAAUGGAUUCUAAAUGGGCCCAAGACCUUUUAGCUGACCAACACUCAGCAAGUGGAAAUUUGACUAAUUGUGUAAAUGAGGACAUCUUCUUGGCUGACGGCCUGUUUGAGCUGUGAAUCACUGUUCCACGUCACUUUAAAGAGGGGAACGACGGUUAAAGCUUGUUUAUUAGGCUCCGUAACAUCAGAGCUCCUGACUUUGGCUUUUACCCGAAGUCGCACUGACUCUGCUGUUGUUGGGUUAAAAAUCCUCAUUAAGGUCCGGUCACACCAGCAGUGGUUUAAAGUGGUGGUACGUAGCAGUGAAAUCAGUCUAGGCAAAUGAUAUUUCAACAGUUUGGACCAAUAUGCACCCAAUAGAGCUGCAACGAUUAAUCGGUUAGCUGUCGACUAAAUUGAACUGUUUUGAUAAUCAGUUAACCAAUUUUAAAGAUCGUCUAAAAUCAGAUUGCAGCUACGUAAAUGUGAAUAUUUUCCGGCGUUUCUCUUACUCUGUGACAGAAAACUGACUAAAAAGGCAUUUAUGGAUAUCGUGCUGGGUUUUUGGGAACCACAGGUCAAAUUAAUCAAGAAAAUAUCAACAGAUUAGUCAACACUGAAAAUAAUAAUUGGUUGCAGCCCUGUUAGCUAACUGUAAAUGGUCUUUAAGAACAAAAAAAACACCAAAGGUGGAAGCUACGCUACAUGUAGCCUGUUAGCUGUGUUGCUAGUUUUAAUUUAACCUCCUCUGUGAGUGUAAAUUGCCACACAAAAGAAGAAAAGUUUCCAGACAGUUAUGAAACAGACUGCAUUAGCCUCCUAGCUAUGGCGCUACUGAGCUAGCUAACUUGCUAGCUUUUCAAACGCUUAGUUACUCUAAUAAAAGAAAAAGUACACAGUUGGCAGAGGGAGUCGUGUAAAUGGCAUAAUACAACAGAGAAACAGACAUUUUAUCCUUUUGUUAGCCAUUUUAAUUUGGUUAGCACAAGUAGCUAGCAUGUUAACGGUUAGCUCAGCAGCUGCAGCAAGUUCCCACUUAAACCUGAAUAUUCGCCCUUGCAGAUGCACAGCUGCAGACGCCACAGAGGUGUGAUUAAUAUGCUGCUCUUCUAGUCCGUGGGAGUCCGCUUGAAGUACAGGCACAGUAUUAUUCCACGCACGCCGUCGUAGCAUCGUAGCGUAGCAUCUCCACCGAUUCUCGCAGAGAUGAUGACAUUUAUGUAACACGGGCUCUCGUGUAUUCAUGAAACUGGAAAAGGCGACGCUCAUCCGUCAUCGCAGCGACUUCGCGGUACCACCUUCUGCAGUGACCAGACCUUAAGUCAAAUUAGGUGAUUGUAUUUAUUCCCCCCAUUUCAAUCUUAUCGGGGCGUUUGAGUUCCCGGACCUCUGUGGCUCAUUUAAAAUUCAAUGUGCUCCAAUGUAAACAAAGAAUAGGUGUCAAUAUGAAGAUGAGACUUCCUCCCAAGCCCUGAGAAAACAAUGUUUAUGAAUUGGUGUUAUUUUCCUGGAACAACGGUGCGAUUCAGAGGCUGUUUAAAGCACUGAUGCACUUUUAAUGUAACUUUCAUCUUUACCAAUUAGCUUGUUCAAAUGCCACGGCUGUCACUUUUGGCAGCUCGGCGCCCCGACUCGUCAUUUUCUAAUCUGUCGUCCCCUCCCUGUGUACACAGCCAUGUUUUCUUGAAUGUUAAUGUCACCUUCAAAAUGUCUUUGCCAAUGUUGUUGCCUCAAUAUUUAUUGAAUUAUAUAUUUUCCCUUUAGAAUAAAUGCAAAUGGAAUUGAA